UUUUUAUGGGCCAUUUACCUGGUUUUUAAAGGGUUGUAUUGACCAUAUGGUAUUCUGGCUUUACAUGCUAUCCCCAGAAUGCAACCCCGUGCAAGAUGUGAUCAUACUGUAUAUGCCAUGAAAGCUUGUAUCAUAAUACAUUUGUUAGGGUGGUAUUCAACCUUUACUCAGAGUAACAAGUUUGCAUAACGAGCAAAUUAUUUCCAUCAUUUCCUGUGGGAACAUUUCUAAUCCAGGUUUUCUCCCUCCAUGCUUUUUGCCUGAAACUGCUGCAGCCAAUCAGCAAAAGCCAAAGAGGAAAAACUGAUUGGUCCAAUCUCUCUCCUUACCCCCAUGGUUUCUGCCCAAAAUGGCUAUCAUUGACCAGCAAAACACAAACAACAAUAAGAAUAGAGUGCAGAAACCAUGGACAACCGAUAUGAUUUCAUUAGCACCCCAACUUGCAAUGGGAUUUCCUCUCGUGAGCAGAAAGCCAGCUCCUUGGUGGCUGAAGGCCAUGGCCAACAAAUCUUAAAUGUACUGCAAAGCUUCAGAGAUCAAAACAACUUUUUUGACUUCAAAAUACUUGUGAAAGAUGAAGUGAUCCCAUGUCACCGUUGCGUAUUGGCAGCAUGUAGUGACUUUUUCAGGGCCAUGUUUGAAGUUAACAUGAAAGAAAGAGAUGAUGGGAGUGUUACUAUUAGUAAUUUAUCACCCAAGGCAGUGAAGGCAUUUCUUGAUUAUGCCUACACUGGAAGAACAGAGAUAACAAACGAUAACGUAGAAAUGUUAUUUCAGCUUUCAUCCUUUCUUCAAGUUUCCACUCUUUCAAAAGCUUGCAGUGACUUUCUAAUUAAGAACAUUGAUCUUGUCAACUGUUUGCAGCUAUUAUCCAUUUCCGAAAGUUAUGGGUCCACUCAGUUGUUUGACCAGACCCUCAAAUAUGCCCAGCGCCAUUUUUCCUUGCUGCUCCAGUCAAAUGAUUUUCUGGAAAUGAAUUUCGAGAUACUGCUAAAAUGUAUAGAAGCAGAUGAGCUCAACGUCCCAGAUGAGGAAUCUGUGUUGAAAGCUGCCCUUUGGUGGACGAAACAUAACUUAGAAACAAGACAGAAACAUCUUCCUCACUUGAUGAAAAAAAUACGGUUACAUCAGUUAUCGGAGAAGACGCUGCAGGAAGUAUUGCACUCCGAAGAACAACUACUUGAAAGCGCUGGUUGCUUGGUAAUAAUCAAUAAGGCAAUUAAAAGUGUGCAAACUUUUAGCGGUUUGUUUCCAGACGCUCGCCCUUCAACAACAGAACAGUACAUACUUGUUCACAAAACUGAGGAAGACGGAGUACAUCGACAUACGUUUUGUUACAAUAUUAAAACCGAUCAAUGGAAAGAACUGAUGCACACGCACAUAACAGAUCUGCCAGGAUCAAGUUUAUCUAGUUAUGGUGAAAAGCUAUUUAUAACUGGCGGAUGUGUAGGGAACUGUUUCCGGACAAUUAGACUUCAUAUCGCCGAAACGUAUCAUGAUGCCACUGACCAAACUUGGUGUUAUUGUCCGGUGAAGGACAGCUUCUCAUCCGUAUCAGCCAUGAAGAAGCCAAGGACAAUGCAUGCAUCUGUUGUGACCCUAAAUCAACUGUUUGUAAUAGGGGGGAAGACAAGGGCAUCUAAGGAUAUCAAAAGUCUUUUGGAUGUGGAGGCAUACAGUCCUCUCUCUGGGGAAUGGAAAUCUGUGAGUCCCUUACCAAGAGGUAUCUAUUAUCCAGAAGCAAGUGCAUGUCAGAAUAUAAUUUAUGUGCUUGGUUCUGAAGUAGAAAUUACUGAUGCCUUUAACCCAUCUCUUGAUUGUUUCUUUAAAUAUAAUGCCGCAACUGAUCAGUGGUCUGAGCUGGUAGCAGAAUUUGGGCAGUUCUUUCACGCCACUUUAAUCAAAGCUGUUCCAGUGAACUGCACAUUGUACAUCUGUGACCUUUCCACCUACAAGGUUUAUAGUUUUUGCCCAGAGACAUAUGUCUGGAAAGGGGAAGGUUCUUUUGAAUGUGCUGGUUUUAAUGCAGGAGCAGUUGGAAUAGAAGAUAAAAUUUACAUCCUCGGUGGAGAUUAUGCUCCUGAUGAAAUCACUGAUGAAGUACAAGUCUACCAUAGCAGUAGGUCUGAAUGGGAGGAGGUUUCACCCAUGCCAAGAGCCCUAACUGAGUUCUAUUGUCAGGUGAUUAAGUUUAAUAAAUAUAGGGACCCAUGGUUGUUUGCGAUAGCAGUGUAGUCCAAUAUAUCAGUUAUAAGAAACUGCACAAGUUUUAUGGUUUUGUUUGCUUUUCAUUUGCCAAAAAGCCCCAUAUAUUAGAGGCCCAAUGGUUUGCAGCCAGUUUUUAUUUUAAUAAGGAGCAGGGCUUGAUUGAAUGUUUGAAUAUAUUCAAACACCUCUUUUUAAAUUUCAGUAGCAAUCCCCCCCACCAAAAGGGAUUGACCACAACUAGAAUCAGAAGCUUUGUGAACUCAAGAGUAAUGUAGAUGAUGUGAGGGUUUUCCCCCCCUUUCCCCCAGUCAGCCCUACAAUAUGUUGAAAAGCUAUGGUAUGAUUUGGGGUCAACUGGUCAAAGAAAAAAAAUGUCAAAAAUUACAUUGAGCAGUUUACAUCCUGGCCCAAGUUUUCAGAUUAAUGCACUUUUAGGGCCAAAGUAAGAGUAACCAGGAUCAAUCAUAGUUUUGCCAGUAGAAAAAAAUGGAGUUAAAAGUUGAAGUUUUCCAUAAUAUGUAGUAAAGUAAAAUAGGCUGAAUUUAGUUGAUUUCUGGAUGUUAGCUUAACUGUUUACCAGGGAGCACACCCCAUUGAACUCAGUGGGGUGGGCUUCUGAGUAAAAAUGUGUAGGCUUGCUGUAAGUUACUCAAUUCUGGAUUUUUUUAAAGCUUAAUUUAGCAUUUUUCACUAUUAGAUAUUAAAUAAAAUGUCAACUAUUUUGAUAGGAACAUUGCACAAAAUAAUUUUCACAAACAACUUUUAUUACCUUGGGCUGCAAUACUCUGUUCACCUGGGAGUAUGUUCAUUGAACUCAUAGAACUUACUUUUGAGUAGGCAAAGAACUGCACUCACUGAUAGACUAAAAUGGUUUAAGUAAAGAUAGUAGUGGAUUCAGUUGAGUAUUCAGUAUCUCAAAUGGUGUAGCUUCUUGAUGUUACUAAUAGGUUGGUCUGUCAUUUCAAUGCUGUUGACUGUGCUUUUCUCUUUAUGAUAGCCAUAGGUAACAGACACAGCCCAAGAAAGUACCUUUAUGCUUAUGCCUGUGGUAGCAAGUGUGCAGCAAAGUUUUUAUUUCCUUUGUCCAAAACAAUAUAGGAAUUUUUCUACUUGUGCUUAUUGCAUCAGGUUAUAUCUCGUCAGUCUGAUGUAAAAUCAUAGAGGGGUUAUAAUAGAUCAGUGUAAUUGUAUUUCCCCAACUUGAAUGCCUCCAUAUCUUUUUGGACUACAGCUCACAUCAUCCCUGAUCAUUGCCCAUGCUGACUAGGGAUGAUGGGAGUUUGGAUCCCAAAAUCUCUGGAGGACACCAGAUUGGGGAAGGUGGCCAAAAUUUAUAUUUAUUUAAAAUUAAGUUUCAUUUCCUGUGUAAAUUUACUUGGGAGUAGGUACAUUUGAAUUCAGUGAGAUUUACUCCAGAGUGAACCUGUUAAGGAUUAUACUGCACAGCUUGUAUUUUUGAGGCAGUAUCUUUCAUGACUGUUUGGAUCCUAAUUUUGCAUUUCCUUAUUCUUCCUUAAAUUGUAACUGGGUUGAUGAUCUGUAUAAAGCUGAUUAAGGGCA